UGGUGCAAGAGGGGUGCGUAAUACUUUGGAGACAGGGUACUGAUUGAUUUUGUUUUUUUUUUGUGGUUUCAUUUUUUUUUUGGAAUGUAAUAUGGAUGCAGAAGUGCUAGGGUGGUUCAUAGUUGAUGAAAGGGCGGUUGUUGGUGAUGAGAAAAUGGAUAUUACUGCAAAUGCGAUUGUGGUUAAAGGGGACUUGAUCAAAAACAUGGCGCCAGCGGGUGGACCACAGAUGUGGAGAAUACAAGAAAUGGUCAUAUGGCUGCUGACUGCAGAAGGAUUAUAGGGAAAGCUCAGUGAAAAGAGUGCAUGAUGAACUUGUAGAGUCGUAGGAGAGAAAAGAAAUAAGUCCGACCAGAUAGUGUACCAAAUAGCA